AUGUCAGAGAACUCACAGAUUUUGCAGCUGUGUGUUUUGCAUUAUUUUUAUUUUAUUUCGUCUCUUAUUUUGAUCAGAAGCGGUAGUGUUAUGCCAAGGAAACAAUUUAACAGUGAAUGAUUUAUCGUUUAAAUCAAUCAGCACAUUAUGAGUUCCAUCAAACUAGAACUGAAAUGAUUUUCUUAUAGUGAAGUUUUCUUUCGGAUUUUCCGUAUACUUUUUCGCUCUGACGAAUGUUAGUACUGUAUGUUAGAGUGAGAAGUGGAGUAUCAAGUAAUAAUUGCAACGUUUAAGUUGUAAAAUGUCAACAAGUGAGCACGACAGUUGAGCGAGGCGGCAUCGUCGCCGCUCUCGUACAUGGGGUCCCCGCAUCGCUCGCCAUGCCAGCAGGUGCCUCAGCUGGCCAAUGUGUUCACAGAACUUACGUGUACCGAAUUCAAUGGUUACAACGGGAUGAAAGACAGGCCAUUCCUGCGCAUCGUGGAGCAGCCGCAAGACUACUUCCGGUUCCGGUACAGGAGCGAGAUGGUCGGCACGCACGGCUGUCUGCUCGGAAAGACUAGUACCACUAGUAAAGUCAAGACGCAUCCUAUGGUCGAGUUGGUGAACUGGCACAAACGAGCCUUAAUCCGCUGCAGACUGGCGCAGCACCUGAAACCGGAGGAGCAUCCACAUCAGCUGCUAGAAGAUGAGCAGGAAGAUAGGGACGUCAGUGCGGAAGUGCCAGAGCGCGGUAGCUACCGUGUCAAUUUUGCUGGCAUGGGCAUCAUACACACGGCUAAGAAGGAUGUGCCUGGCCUACUGUUCAAGAAAUAUAAAGAGAGGCAAGGAAAAGACAUGGACAACAGAGAGCUCAUGACGUACUGCGAGACGGAGGCCCGAGGUCUCAAUUUGAACAUCGUUAGGCUGAGGUUCAGCGCUCACGAUAUCGAGACCGACCGCGAGAUCUGCGCUCCGGUCUUCUCCGAGCCUAUACAUAACAGGAAAAGCGCAGCAACAAACGACCUGAAGAUAUGCCGUAUAAGCAAGUUCUACGGUCGGCCCAAAGGAGGAGAGGACGUGUACAUUCUAGUAGAGAAAGUUAAUAAGAAGAACAUCGAGAUCCGCUUUGUGGAGCGGAAUGAGGAUAACCAAGAGGUGUGGUCGGAAAAAGCGCACUUCCUUCAGAGCGACGUCCACCAUCAAUACGCUAUCGUGUUCAGGACACCAGCAUACAAGGACCCGCAGAUUACGACAGAUGUAAAAGUGUUCGUAGAACUAGUGAGGCCCUCCGAUGGCCGUUGCAGCGAUCCUAAAGAGUUCACUUAUCGGGCGGAUCCGCUCACAAAGCAAAAUAAGAAAAGGAAACAUAACACGUCACCUUAUAACUCCUUCAGCAGCUCUGGAUCUUUAGGAUCAGUAAAAAGUUUUGGUUUACCGGCUACCGUUAUGGAACUAAAUCAAACACAAAAGUCAACUCCUGAAAAUGAUUUCAUGAUGAAUCUGAUGAUGCCCAAUGCCGUCCCUGUGAUGAUGGAAACUCAAACUAAUGUUAACUUGGGUGACGCACUAAUGGGUAUGGCGUGUGACCCUGAACAAAGUCAGAGCCCUUUGCACCUGCACUGUACCGUCAGUCCUAUGAUGCCUCAAGCAGACCCGCCCACGAUCAGCUUAAAUUCUACGGAGUUUGCGAACCUUCUUCGAGCGGAUUUAGAACCAGAUCAGAGAGAAGAUUUUACCGCAUUGUGCCAGCAGUAUUUGACUCCAUCGAUGACCGAAUUCAUGCAAGACCGACUGGAAGCAGAUUCAGGACGCGGAAAGCCCGUACUCCCCGGCAAAGCGCCCGUACAGCAACAGAGCGCCCGUCCCCAAGCGAAGCCCCACGCCGCAACGGAAAAGCCGAGCGAAUACACCGCCGUCUACUCGCCCGAACACGCGACGGAGGUUAAGAAAUUAGUGAAGGAGAUCUGCGAUCAUAUACGCAGUAAGACCGGUUUCAAGAAGCAUGUUGUAAAAGAAAAGCUGGAAAGAAUUUUUGCCAUGCGCCUUUCGAACGGAGACACGUUUCUGCACAUGAGUCUGUACAACAACAGAGUGAGCUUCGAGUACAUAGUGAAACUCCUGCACACGAUGAAAAUGCACCAUCUCCAAAACCUGACUAAUGAUCUCGGGCAGACCAUUCUACACUUAGCCAUCGUCAACGACCUCCCGAAGAUGGUGAACGUCAUCAUAGCUAACGGUGGCGACCCGAUGAUAGGCGACCAAGACGGGAACAACGCAGUUCAUUAUGCCGCGCUGUGUGGCGUCUGCAUGCAACCGCUACUUGACGCCAUCGAGUGGAAUAAAGUGCCGUGCGACCUCAACGCUGUCAACAAAGAGAAACAAACGGCCCUCCACCUGGCCGUGGUUCCAGGCACCGAGCCAUCCGACAUCGAAGCGGCGAAGAACUCCAUAAGGCUACUCCUUCAGCACGGGGCCAGUCACAAUGCCCGCGACGCGGAGGGUCGUACACCUCUACAUCUUGCGGCUUAUGAUGACCGCUUUGCGCUCGCUAAAGUACUCUUGGACCACAUGCCUGAGAGCGACAUCGAUGCUGUGGACAGCCGUGGCUACACGGCCCUUCAAAUUGUGUGCGACGGCGUUAUCAGAGAGAACACCGUCAAAUUUAUGAAGAUGCUCAUUGACAGAAAGGCUGACCCUCACACGUACGAGCCCCACACGGUGUCCGCGUGGAGUUUAACUCGCGACAAACCGGAGCUUCGGGACGUGCUAGCUGAACUUCUGGACUGCGACACCGACGUCAAGUCAGAGCCGGAAGAUGAAUACGAGUCCGCUGAUGAAGGGGAGGAGCCAUGCCUAAACGACAUGCACCUAUACAGCGCUGAGCUGGCCGCUGUACUAGACAAGUCGGGCGACUGGCGCGAGUUGGCCGCGCGACUUCAACACGACUCGCUCUCCAACUGGUACGAGAACACGCCCAGCCCCACGCUAACCUUGCUGCAGCAACUUAAGGAAUGCCAAGACAGCCCCAUAACCUCGAAAUCUCUGAUGCUGAUACUCGAAGACCUGGGCCUGGCGGAUGCUGCGAGAAUCAUUCGCAACAAAGUCGUUACCUUCGACUAGUUGCCUGUAGUUUUAAGGCUCGUAUUAUGUACACUCUCCUUGUCAUUCCGUACUAAGUGAAAUUAAAUAAGGCGGUGCUUAUUGGGCCACUGUCGGACGUUGCUCGCAGGUCUUUAAGCCCUUUCAUUAAAUUGAAUACUAGCUUUUGCCCGCGGCUUCGCUCGCGUUAGAAAGAGACCAAAAGUAGCCUAUGUGACUCUCCAUCCCUUCAACUAUCUCCACUUAAAAAAUCACAUCAAUUCGUCGCCCCGUUUUGCCGUGAAAGACGGACAAACAAACAGACACACACACACUUUGCCAUUUAUAAUAUUAGUAUGGAUUAUAUUUUAGAAUUUAUGUGAAUGGUUCGAUGAUGACAUACAUGGCAAUAAAUGGAACAUACUAAACAAACAACUUUAAUGUUAGGUUACAUGAACCUUAAAGUCAGGUGGAGAUUAUGUAGGUACUUACACUUACAGUCUGACCAAAAAUAGUUGAAAUUAAAAAGUGGCAACAUCGUAAUGCCGUCCUGUUUUCUCACACAUAUAGAUUUGAAAGGGAUGACACUACAAUGUUGCCUCUUUUUAAUUUCUAAUUUUUUUGAUCAGACUAUACUUUUAACAAUUUUUAAUCAUCUUUGCCAAAUGCGAAAAAAGUACAAUAAAGUUCAUAUAUUAUAGGAUUUAUGACGUUGGCGGACUUGUUUUGCUUAAACUAGGUUUCUACCAAAUUAUAAUCGACUUAGUUGUAUUACCUAUUUUAAUUUUUAUAAUAUUUGUGACAUUAUCACACAUUUAAUUACUUGUUAGUUUAUAUUUUUAUCCAUAUCUUACGUAUGUAAGUUUUAAUGCUAAAAAUUGAAUUAAUGAAAAUUGACUGAAUGUCGUAACGCGAAGCGUUUUCAUGCAUGCGAAUUGUGAAUCGUGCCAUGUGUAAUUGUGUACAGACUGAGAAAUUGUAGAAAUUUAAAAGUGGCAACAUUGUAGUGUCGUCCUAUUUUCUUACACGUAUUGAUUUGUAAGCAAAGACAUAUGUAACUCCGUAUAGACGGAUAAAGUCUAAGAAAAAAACGUACCUCAAGAUGGCGUUACACCUUCGGGGAACGCUCGGCUAGAUGGCGCUAAUAAAAAUAUUUGACAUUUUA